AUGAAUGUGGUCCAUGAUUUCCCUACAGGAUCAAGUGGAUCCCAUGUAAAAAUCUUGAGCCUCAGGUCCAUGGCUCUGCACUAUGAUAGUGACAUGAAGGGCGGCGGCGGGAGCGGGGCAAGGGCCGCAGGCGGCGGUGGGAAGGAUCCUGACCCAGGCGGGGCCCAAGCGGACAAGCAGCAUCACGACUCUUCCUACGGCACCUUCGCCAGCGAGUUCUACGAUAUGCACUUCCUCUCCGACGAGGGUUAUCCUUUCCCUACUGCACCUCCAGUGGAUCCAUUUGCAAGAAUUAGAGUGGAUGACUGUGGAAAGACAAAAGGCUGCUUUAGGUAUGGUAAACCAGGAUGCAAUGCAGAGACUUGCGAUUACUUUCUCAGUUAUCGCAGAAUAGGAGCUGACAUAGAAUUUGAGUUGAGCGCUGAGACAGAUGGCUGGGUGGCUGUGGGAUUUUCUUCAGAUAAGAAAAUGGGCGGAGAUGAUGUUAUGGCCUGUGUUCAUGAUGACAAUGGAAGAGUCAGAAUACAUCACUUUUACAAUGUUGGUCAGUGGGCUAAAGAGAUACAGAGGAAUCCUGCUAGAGAUGAAGAGGGCAUUUUUGAAAACAAUCGUGUAACAUGUCGAUUCAAGCGGCCUGUGAAGGUUCCCAGGGAUGAAACUAUAGUGGACCUUCAUCUGAGCUGGUACUAUUUAUUUGCUUGGGGUCCAGCAAUUCAAGGUUCUAUAACUCGACACGACAUUGAUUCUCCUCCUGUCUCAGAGCGUGUGGUCAGUAUUUACAAGUAUGAAGAUAUUUUCAUGCCAUCUGCUGCCUAUCAGACCUUCUCUUCUCCAUUCUGCUUGCUGCUUAUUGUUGCACUGACAUUUUAUUUAUUGAUGGGAACCCCAUAAUGACAAGUAUGUAUGGCAAACUGAGACAAUUUGUUGGUGAGCUUUGCUCCGCAUGAGAGCUUUUUCUAAUGGAGUUUAUACUGCUGGACACUUUGUUAUUUCUUGACAGCUUGUGUUUCUCAAACAGCAAUAUUGUGAGCUCACUGUUGCCUGAGCCAUAUACGUGUGCCAAAUAAUUGUGAUAUUUGAGAACAAUCAAGGAACAAUUGUAAUUUAGCAAGCAUUUUUAGUAGACAUAGAGCUUCUUUUAGGAAACAUUCAGGCUACGUUCCAAAACAUACUUACUAAAGAGUAAGGUCCACCAUGUACCAUGGGACAGUCUUAGUAAAUAUGCAUUGGAUUACAUUGUGUAAAACUGGGGGGUUUUGAGUCAAAACCAGGCUUGUGGGUCAAUAUCUGGCCCACAGAGUUUCCCUAUCAUGCCCACAGGCAAGCUCCAGCCUGCUAUGUGCCUCCUCUGUCCUCUAAGCUCCACGCCAGAGACCACCAUGAAGGGAAUAGUUUCUUGGUUGUUUGUGCUGCUGAUUCUCUGAGGGGUUGUGAACCUGUGCUGUCAGUUGAUGUUUGCAGGUGGUGGCUCAAAGUUCUUCACCCCUCUUCCCCUUCUAUGCACAGGGAAGAGUAAAGCCACCUAAUCUCCAUUUCCUUUUGCAAGCUCUGGCUAAGAGUACUUUUCUCUAUUUCCCCUUACAUGAGAAGGCUAGCUAAGGGCAGUCAGCUUCACUUCUUAUUUUUUUUUCUACCUAGAGAAGUGGAGCAAACAUGAUUCCCCUGUUAAAGUGCCAAGUGGAUUAGAUUAGAUUAGACAUCCUUCAGUCUCGAGAGACUAUGGUAACGUGCUCUGAAUAGAGGACUUGGA